AUGGCUGCGGAAUCAUCUAAGGUUAUGGUGGAGUUGAUGAAGAUGAAGAAAUUUAAGAAGGACACUGGCUAUGAGGCAGCUAUGAAGAAACUCUACGAGCAAGUGAGGAAGGGCAAAGCAAAGACCUUGACAGCAAAUAUUCAAACUGCCAAGACCACAUUCACGCCCGGUAAAGGAAAGCCUCCGAUUCCUGCUAUGCUUAAUAGCAAAGUAAAACAAGUGAAAAAGGGUCCAGCCAAAGAUAAGGUUAUUGUGGCAGCGAUAGAUGGGGAUGCAAAAAAGAAGACUUACAUUGUAGCUCUGCGAUUCGCUACAGAAGAGAAUGCGAAGUUAUUUUAUGAUACUACUAAAGCAAAGGGUGUAGUACCACCGGAACCUGGGCAAUCUUCAGCACCGGAAGCACCAGCACCAGAACCACCAGCAUCAGCAACACCACCACCACCACCACCUCCGGCAUCAUCGCAAACGGACGAACCAUCUAGAACCACCUCCUUGACACCGAUUACAAUGGAUCGAGUCUCAACUCCUGUGCGCAGCUCACAUCAUGUACCAACUAGAUCAGUAACGCUGGAUAGCAUUACGCGAAAUAAUAGCAAUUCGUCUUCUGUGUCACGACCAACCAUUAACGAUAUGUCAGCGAGACGAGCUGAGCCGCCAUCAGUGGCAAGAAGUCCCUCAAUAUCAUACCAGUCAAAGUCUAAUCCAUUAACUCACACUACACCCGUAACCCGAGUGUCCAUGUCUCUGUCAUCCAGCCCAUCACUUUCUGAGAGAGAGGCCUCCAAAUCGGCGUCUAAGAUAAGUAGUCUAGACCCUGCAUUAGAGUCACGAACCACCUUCAUAUCGACCGAUCCUAGCAACUAUAGACGCAACCGUCAACGCAACAGCUCGCGGGGACAGAUCAAUGGGGACAAGACGAGUUCUAAGGCUAACGAAAGUGAAUAUAAACACUACCGUCCCAAUUCAUCGAGGAGGUCUGCUGGUUCUUCCAGUUCUUCGUCUAGUGCGAAUGUAAAUGUCACGACAUGGAGGAUUACAAGGAGGAGUUCUUCGUCAGCAUCUUUGUCCUCCUCCGGUUCAUCAUCGUCUAAAUCAGACAAAUACCAUUCCGGUCGAAAACACAGAUCCAAUCGCAGACAUGCUUCCCGCGGCAUCAAUUUGCGAUAA